UGGCUGUUUUGUUACUUGAAAUUAUUGUUUCGUGAGCACAGUUUUAUGUUUUUUUACGACGCAGCUGGCAUUGACGGACAAGAUCUACGACGCAAUUACCAAAAUAAGCUACAGUUGGAACAGUUAUCGAGUAUCGAUAGCCGGCGAUCACAGCUGCAACGCAUGACAAAAGGUGGCGCCGCAGUCGUAAACAGUGCGACAGAGACAAGGACGAGGACAACGAAAUAGAAACAAAAGCAUAGGCCAAAUACAAAAAAAGGGCGUUUUGCUGCCUGGUUGUUGGUAUCGCUUACAACAACAGCAACUAAGGUCAAGUUGCAGCUGGUAAAAGAAAAUGUCUGUGAGACUGUUAACAGUGCGACUUGUCAAACAUGGUCGCUACGUUCUACGAAGCUAUUGGAAUCGUGAAAUACACUCCAACAUUUUGGAACAAAGCCAUUUAAAGACACGAAGCAAGCGAGGCUUUCCCCUUUCAUCCGUCAAUGUUCUACGGAGCACAGCUGCACCUCAGCCAACUGCAAAUGUGUUGCCAAGGUGCUGCCCCUCCGCCCCGGCCAAUGGUGGACUCUUCCGCUUUGGCCAGCAUGCGCGAAAAUUGUUUAUUGAUAACAUAUUGAGUCGGGUGACCACCGGUUACUCUGAGGAGCUGCGCAAGCGUGCAACACGCAAACUAUUCUACGGCGAUUCAGCGCCUUUUUUUGCCCUCGUCGGCGUCAGUUUGGCCACCGGAUCAGGUGUGCUGAGCAAGGAGGAUGAACUGGAGGGCGUGUGCUGGGAGAUUCGUGAGGCGGCCAGUCGCUUGCAGGCGGCCUGGAAUCACGACGAGAUAUCGGAAACAUUAAACAGCAAUUUCAAUGUCGAUCAACUGGACGUGGGUCCGCCCAUUGCCAAGGGAUGUGCUGCUGUUGUCUAUGCCGCCAAUUUCAAGCAGAAUCCCGAAAAGGAGGCGAAUCACACAGAGAUGUCCGCCACAAGCAGUCCAAGAAAUGGAGCCACUGUCAACAAUCCGUUGAACAACAGCAGCUCAUCCAACUGGAACCACGAGAUGAUGUCACCGCUACAGAAUAUGUCGCGAUUUGUGCAUAAUUUUGGUGGAUCCGUUGACAACAUUUACAAUUAUAGUCAACCCACGGCAGCAGCUGCCUUUGUGGAGGGUCUUGCCACAACAGAAGCAACAAAUCAAGAGCAGCAGCAGGAGCAGCGGGAGCAGCACACUCGUCAGAAUCAACCGUCAUCUAGCUACAAUUAUGAUCAACAACUGAACUUAGACACCGGCUCCAUUGAGCGCUAUCCAUUGGCACUCAAAAUGAUGUUCAACUAUGAUAUUCAGAGCAAUGCUCUGUCCAUAUUGCGUGCCAUGUACAAGGAGACGGUGCCGGCACGCCAGCGUCGCAUGAACGCCAGCGCGGAUGAGUGGGAGCGUUUGCUGCAACACCAGACGCUGGCGCUGCCACCGCAUCCGAAUGUCGUCUGCAUGUUUGGCUUCUUUUGUGAUGAGGUCAAGAACUUUACCGAUGGCCAUCUGUUGUAUCCCAUUGCGCAGCCGCAGCGCAUCAAUCCUCAGGGUUAUGGACGCAACAUGUCAUUGUAUCUGUUGAUGAAACGCUAUGAUCACAGUCUGCGUGGCCUGCUCGACACCAGUGAGCUGAGCACACGUUCCAAGAUCCUGCUGCUCGCCCAAAUGCUCGAGGCGGUCACACAUCUCAGUCGUCAUGGUGUCGCCCAUCGGGAUCUCAAGUCGGACAAUGUGCUCAUUGAACUGCAGCCGAACGAUGAAUCCCCAUUGUUGGUCCUCUCCGAUUUUGGCUGCUGUCUGGCAGACAAAGUGCAUGGACUCCGUUUGCCCUAUGCCGCCAAUGAUAUCGAUAAAGGCGGCAAUGCAGCUUUGAUGGCGCCAGAGAUCUUCAACUCACAGCCGGGACCAUUUGCCGUACUCAAUUACAGCAAGGCCGAUCUGUGGGCAUGCGGUGCCUUGGCCUAUGAGAUCUUUGGCCUGCCCAAUCCCUUCUAUUCGGCCAGCGGCGGUUUGGCCCGCGUCAAUGGCGAACUCACGUAUUCGCUGAGGAAUAGCGACUACAGACACGAGCAGCUGCCGCCACUGGGCGAUGCUUGCCCACCGCUGCUGCAGCAGCUCAUCUACAAUAUACUAAAUCCCAAUCCGUCGAAGCGCGUUAGCCCAGACAUUGCGGCCAAUGUGCUGCAGCUCUUCCUUUGGGCGCCAUCCAAAUGGCUCAAGUCUGGCGGCAUGCCCAACAGUCCAGAGAUACUGCAGUGGCUUCUCUCGCUGACCACGAAGAUCAUGUGUGAGGGUCGACCUCAAAAUGGCAACACCAACAACACAAACAGCAGCUAUAAACAGAGCGGUCGUCGUGCCUAUGUGGAAUAUUUACUCAUUUGCAGCUUCCUCGUACGUGCGCGUCUACGUCGGAUUCGUGGUGCUCUUAACUGGAUACAGAAUGUGGUUACCCCGUAGGAUAACGAAUCGGACGAGAUGGGUGCUGAGGACUUGUUAAUCGAUGAAGCGAAAAUGCAAAUAGAAAAUGAUAAAGCGUGUGAUACCUAAAAUAUAUAGUAUAUAUAGCAUAUAUACGAGCAUUGCCUUUUAUAUUUUGCGAAUAAUAACGAAAUAAUAAUAAUUUAUUAUUGAGAAAGU